CGCAGUGGACUGCAGAAAGCUGAGCAGAAGGAGAAGGAGAAGCGACAACGCGAACGCCUCAGAAGUCUUGAACUGCAGCGUGACAAACUACACAAAGCCGCAUGGUCAGUUCUAUUGUGA